AUGGAAUCUUGCAAGCGGGAUCUUCGAUGGUGGCUAAACAGCCAGGAUCUAACGAUGGGUCGUCCGUUUGUAUUACCCAGCCCUACAGCCACAAACUUAGCAUUGCAAGGCCAGAUAGUUCAGUAUCGUAUAUGGGACCAUUCUCCCAGACUUUUUGUCUUUGAGAAAGCCCAAUUUUUUUCCCUGGAGGCUUGGGGAGAAGGAGCUACAGAUAAAUAUAAGGAAAUCUCUGCAUCUCCACGACUAUUUACAGAUGACCAUCAUGAAGGACAAGUGAAGCAAGGCAUUCUAGGAGACUGCUGGUUCCUCUGUGCCUGUGCUGCUUUGCAAGAAAAUCAGCAGCUUUUGACUAAGGUAUUGCCUUUAGACCAGCCAGUUUGGACAAGUUGUUCAUAUACUGGGCAGUUCAUAUGCCGGUUCUGGCAGUUCGGCAUGUGGGUGGAGGUGAUUAUAGAUGAUAGAUUGCCAUGCGUUGGGGGGAAGCUGUGUUUCUCCCAUUGUCAAUCUGAAGAAGUCUUCUGGUUGCCAUUAUUAGAAAAAGCUUAUGCCAAGUUGCAUGGGUGUUAUGAAGAUCUCUGGGCAGGAAAAGUGGCUGAUGCUUUGUUGGACAUUACAGGUGGGAUAGUAGAGAGAUGGACAUUGGGCAGUACUGGGAGUAAAGCCAUGGUACACGAAGCUGGUGGUGUUAUCAUGAAUGUUGCCUUGACGAAUUUGCUGGAGCAGAAGAAUAAGUACUUUGUUUGUUCAGUCUACAGACCAUAUGAAGGGUCCAGUAACUUGGCAGAGUAUCAUGCUUUUAACGUUACAGAGGUGAAAGAUGUGCCUGGACUCAACGGUGUGACUGUCAGGCUCAUCCGAAUAUGGAAUCCCUGGGGAAGACCUUGCUGGAAUGGACGCUGGACAGAGGGCCCUCGUCUAACACAGCAUUGA